AUGUCGGACCCUUCCGCAUCCUCCUCGUCAUCGCCGCAAUGGUCAAGUGACCGCUUCUUCCAGACGCAGGCACCUCCACCCAACCUCUCCGAGCUCGCAUCGGCAGCGUCCGAGUUUGUCCAGCGUCACAUCCAGGAAGGUCGCAAAGUAGUCCUCGUCACAUCUGGCGGCACCACCGUCCCUCUCGAGAAGAACGUCGUUCGCUUCCUGGACAACUUCUCAGCCGGCACGCGCGGCGCCACUUCCGCCGAAUACUUCCUCUCCGCUGGCUACGCCGUCAUCUUCAUGUCGCGCCAGCAUUCGCUUGCGCCCUACACGCGACAUUACAGUCACACCACCAACCCCUUCCUCGACCUUCUGGCGGAUCCGGCUACGCACGUGCACACCGACUCGCCCGCCUCGGCCUCGGGCGAGGACAACAUCACCGUCCUCAAGCAGCACGUUGCGCAUCUGCGCCCCAUCCUCUCCGCCUACCACCACGCGCGCACCUCCGGUCUUUUGCACACCGUACCAUUCGUGACGGUCAAUGACUACCUCUGGCUGCUCCGCGAGAUGUCGCGUGUCAUGCAGCCACUGGGUAGGUAUGGCAUGUACUACCUCGCCGCGGCGGUCAGCGACUUUUUCAUCCCCUCGACGAGUGUCCCGGAACACAAGAUUCAGUCUGGGAAAGGGUCACUGGUGAUCGAGAUGGACCAGGUGCCCAAGGUGUUGAAGCCGAUGGUGGAGCAGUGGGUGCCAGAAGGCUACUUGGUCAGCUUCAAGCUCGAGACGGACCCGAAGCUGUUGAUCCCCAAGGCGGUGGGUGCGCUACAAAGGUACGGACAUCAAUUGGUCAUCGGCAAUGAUCUGAAUAGGCGCAAGUUCGAGGUUGUCUUUGUGGAGAGGAAGGCGCAUAACCCAGUGCAUUCAUCAGAGCAAGAGGCUGGGCCAAAGAGACCGGCAAAAGACAUCUCGGUGGACGACCAGCAAUUCACAGCUACCUGGAUGCGGCUGGUCGACUCGGACUCGUCUCAAGAGAGCAACUCGAUAGAAGGUGGCGGUAAGGGAGGCGAGAAGGAGCUAGAAGAGGACAUCAUUCGCGAGUUGUGUAGGAGACACGAUCAGUGGAUCGCAAAGUCGACGUCGGCUGCUUCUUCUAGAAUCUGA